AUGGCUUUAUAUUUAAAAGUAACUUACGUUUUAUUACUGUCUUCCACUGGAGACAGCAGUUCUCUAUCUCUGAGAAAGCACAAAGAUAGACACCCAGGAAUUCUCAAACCUAUCAAGAGCAAUAUUUCUUCUGGCUGCUCUCUCCUCAAGGUUUCUAACCAGGAUAUUUCUCUGGUUAGGUGCAAGACUACCCCACGAUGGUAUAGCUAUACCAUUCGUAUGCUGGCGAGCAAGUCUGCCAAUGGCACUGUAAAGAAGCCAAGCUUCUUUGGUGUUACCCCUGUAACACUCCCGGCUGAGAGUACCCAACUGUUAGGUUGUCCUUGGGGGGAAGGGCAUGGGAUGGUGUUGCCACCAAUGACCGGCUGCAAACGGUUCACAUCAGGAGGGUUACCUCAGACGGGCUGUUCAGUGGCGGCCUCACUGCCCUCAAACCUGGCCUCAAACCUGGCCUCAAGCCAGGCAUAUGCUGUCUCCAGCAUCACCAGUCGAAGGUUUAAUUGCACAAUGUUGAGCAAUGACAUUUUUAGAACUGUAAAGAAGAUGUAA